AUGAUGACUACUGUAGAAGUUGUCAAGGAGAAGCAAAAUUAUGCUAGUGUGCAUGAAGCAGUGAAAGGUCGUGAUGUAGAACAGCUUGCCUCAAUGAUAAAAAGUGGAGCUGGUAUUAACGAGGUGGAUGUUGUCCACAAAUUCACACCCUUGCACUGCGCUGCCCACUCUGGAAGUCUGGAGUGCCUUCACUGGUUGCUCUGGCAUGGAGCUGAUACAACACAGGUGACUGUUAGAGGCUGGACAGCAGCUCACCUUGCGGCUAUCCGAGGUCAGGAUGCCUGCAUGCAGGCUUUACUACUAAAAGGAGCAAGUGCAGAAGCUCGGGAUGACCGCGGGUGCACAGCGGCACACUUGGCUGCGGCCCACGGGCAGUCCUACACCUUGCAAACCCUACUGCGAAGUGGAGCGAAUGUAAAUGUUUCAGACAGGAAUGACUGGAAACCUGUUCAUUAUGCUGCUUUCCAUGGUCGCUUGGGGUGUUUGCAGCUUCUUGUUCGAUGGGGAGCAUCUAUAGAUGAUGUAGAUAACAAUGGAAACCUUCCAGCCCAUCUGGCAGCAGUGGAAGGACACUUGCAUUGCUUUAAGCUCUUGGUCAGGAAAAUGGCCAGUGUCAUGCACACACUGAAAGCCAGGAAUGACCAAGGAGAGACUCCAAGGGACUUGGCUGAACGGUUCUAUAAACAUAAUAUUCUACAAUAUAUUGAUGGUGUGAAAGAAGAGACAGAGUAUCCAGAGACACAGGAAGCUUUAGCUUUCCCAGGUCAUGACGCUGCUUGCAAAGGGGACUUGUUAGUGCUUAGAGGAUUAGUGGGAAGUGGAGUAAUCAAUAUUAAUGAGCGGGAUGAUAAGGGAUCCACUCUCAUGCACAAAGCUGCUGAACAGGGGCAUACCCAUUGCUUACAGUGGUUGAUUGAAAUGGGAGCUGACUGUGACAUUACUAAUGAUGCUGGACAGACUCCAAAGGAUGUAGCCAAGAGGUUUGCCCAGCUGGCAGCUGUGGAACUUCUAGCACCAAGAACUGGAGACAGUAACUCUAGUGAUGAAGAGCUAGAUGCAAGCAACAUAAAGUUUUUUGAAAGACAUGGUGUGGAAGGGAGUACAGAUAGCAAAGAAGAUCUAACCCUGGAUGAAGAAGAGAAAAGGAAUGCACGCAUAAGGGCCUAUCAAAGGAUUCAAAAACUUCAACAACUUCUAGAAAUUGCAUACACCAACUACAGACAGCUGGGAGGAAUAACUGAAGAGGAGAAGAAAAUGAAAAAAGAAGAAAGGAAAUUUGAGAAGGCUGUGAGAGAGCUGGAGGCCCAGCUGGAAUACGAGCGACUCAGGCGGGAGACUCUGGAGGGUGAGCUGGAUGAUUGCCGUGCCGAGAUCAGCCGCCUGAGAGAGAGCCUGGAGAACACCCGCAGCGCCCGCGCUGUCCCCGCGGGAGCUGAGACAAUUGCCAAGUCUUGCAAAGACAAAAAGACAAUGAAGAAACCAGCCUGCAGCCCACGAGUGUUUGUGAGACCACGCUGA